GGUAUUUAUAACUUUACCUCAAAAUAUAGCGCUGACACGGAAGGCCAUAAAGGCGUCUUCAAAUCGCCCUGAUAGCAGCUGUCCCGUAACUUCAAUCCGGAAAAUUUUUGAGACAAAAAGCAAGAUAACUGAGGUAUUUACUAUGGAAACUGACACAGGGGGGUCAGAAAAUGGCGCUUCCACCAUGGCAAUUGAGACGAACUCGAAGGAGCAGACCGUAGAGGAGUUGAGAGUCGAAUUGGAGAUGGUUCUACAGGAGCUGUCAAAAAAGGACGAUGAUAAGAAGACGAAUGAAAGAUUUAUGAUGAUCAUCGAAGCCCAGCAGCGGACAAUUAACGACCUAACAGUUAAAUUAGACCUUCUACUAAAAACCCAGGUUAAUCCCCGCAAAACGGGACGAAACAGGACCGACAUGACACGCUUUCCUCCUCUCCGUCCUCCACCAAAAUCGCAGUCUGAAACGUCUCGUUCAACUCCAAGCGACUCUAAUAAACAGCCUGUGUCUAAUCUAUCGGUUACUUCUUCGCUUCUGACAUCUCAGGUAUCAGAACACACGACUGCACAGCCCCCACGCAAGGUACGUGUUACCCCCAUCGUUCUUCUUGAUACUUCGAGAUGGCGAGGCGUAAAUCACAACUUCAUUUCUUUGGGCAUCAAAUUCGAACGCGCGGUUGCCGUCGAUGCGGUAAUCAGGCUAAUUCCCAAUUCCGAGGAUGAUUACCGUCUCUUCAGGGAGGAAGAGGUGCACCACCACACUUUCCUUCUACCGUCGGAGAGGAGCAUUCAUGCUGUAAUCAGGGGAGUACCUGCGAGACCUUCUGAAAUGGAGAUCAAGGAAGAGUGCCAACAGAGGGGAUAUUCCCCCUGUACAUAA